CCUUAACAGAAAAGGGUAGAGAACUUCAAGAGGAAAGGCUAAAGGGUAUCCAACGUCGAUAUAGAGUAAUCUAUGAGAGGUGGAGGUGUCAGGCAAGAAUAGGCAAGGAUAUAUUGACUGAUGAGGCAUCCAAGGAUGAAUUGGGUGAGCUUAUUGAUAACAUACAAAGCACAUGCACAAAGGUAAAGAACAUUUAUGAAGAGUUGCGGGAAAUACAAACUCCUGAGCCAGACCUGCGGCGCAGAGUUGACACGUGCGUAUCGCUUUCAGGAUUUAUGAUUGAAAAGGCAGAAAGGCAGCUUAAAGGGCAUACAGCAGAGGAAGAAGAACCCUGGCCUGAUGUUGGAUCUGUACUCGACUCAACAGGCUCCUUAUCAAGACCACUAUCUCAAAGAUCGAAACGUGGCUCCAACUACACCAGUGUCUGCUCAGUAAAAAGGUAUGAGGCUGCAGCUGAAGCUGCUGCAUCCCGGGAAGUUUUGGCGGUUUUGGAGGAACAAGAAAGGGAAACAACAGAGCUUCGGAGGCUAGAAACUGAGAAUCUAGCCACACAACAAGCAAUGCAAGACAGGCGUAAAAGAAUCGAAAGGUUAGAAGAAGUUAAGAAGUUUAACGCUGCUAGAGCAAGAGUGAAGGUCUAUGAACAAAUUGAAGAAAGGUCUGAAGCAAGCAACUCCCUAAAUGAAGCAUUACGAUUAGGAAAAACUCAAGGUCUUCACACUUAUGCCCCAAACCCCCCAUUCAUUCCUCAAGCUCCACCUACUUCAAUGCCCAUGCCUCAAGCGCAGAACAGCUCAGACUUGGUCAACAUGCUAGCAGAAGCUAUAAGUGCCAAUCGUCUUCCAACACCAGAGCCUGCAUUAUUCAUUGGAGAUCCCUUGAAAUACAAGGACUGGAAACUCUCCUUUGAAACAUUGAUAAACAGGAAAAACAUCCCAAAGAACGAAAAACUGUACUACCUAAGAAAGUACUUGGGUGGUGCUGCGAAGAAAGCUGUUGAAGGAUUCUUCCUACUGGGCACUGAAGUAGCAUACGACUCAGCCUGGCAACUGUUGGAUAAACGUUUUGGAGACCCAUUCAUUAUUGGGAAGUCCUACAGAGACAAGCUAAGUGCAUGGCCAAAAAUAAGCUCUAAAGAAGGUUUCGAGCUAAGAGAAUUUGCAGACUUCCUCGAGAGCUGUCAAGCCGCAAUGCCCCAUGUCAAGACAUUGGAAGUUCUCAAUGACUGCAACGAGAGUCAAAAAAUUCUCCUUAAAUUGCCAGAUUGGCUGGCAUCCAGUUGGAACCGCAAGGCAAUGGAAUACAGACAAGCAAAUGCUGAGUACCCUCCAUUCAAAGUAUUGGUAAACUUCCUGUCAAAGGAAGCAGAUCUUGCUUGUGAUCCCAUAUCUUCAAUACAAGCGCUCAAGAGUGUGGAAGGUGAAAAACCAAAGCAUCCAAGAAGCCAAACCAUUCAAGCAAAGACACUGUCCACAAACACAACAGAAAGCAGCAUCUCAGAAUGUGUAUUCUGCAAAAGGAAAGGACAUGUACUCGCCAAGUGCAGAAAGUUUGGUGAAAAGACAGUUCAAGAGCGUAACAAGUUUGUGCAAGUAGAGAAGCUUUGCUUUGGAUGUUUAGGAAGUGGUCAUAUUUCAAGAAAGUGUGACAACAAGAGCAUAUGUGAACGGUGUCAGAAAGGACACCCAACAUGUUUACAUGAUGACAAAUUCAAGGAUCAUCAAUGGUCAAUGACUCCAAAGGUGGACACCAAAGAAAUAGCUGCAACAGCAACUACUAACAGAAUCCUACAAGACGGUUCGAGUACACAGACAUCCUCAAUUGUACCGGUCUGGGUCUCAUCCACAAAACAGCCGAAUCAUGAAGUCCUUGUCUAUGCACUCUUAGACACACAGAGCGACACAACUUUCAUUCUGGAUGAAGUUGCCCAAAACCUCAACACAACCAAAGAGAAUGUAAGUCUGAAGCUAUCCACAAUGUCUACAAGGUCAGCAGUCAUAGCUUGUCAGAAACUAACACAUCUACAAGUGAGAGGAUAUGAUUCGGAGAAGAGGAUUUCAUUGCCACCUCUUUUCACACGAGAGUUCAUUCCAGCAGACAGGUCACACAUUCCAACUUCUGAAACUGCUCAUAAAUGGACUCAUCUGGAGCAAUUGGUAGACAAAAUUCCACCACCAUUGGAUUGCGAAGUUGGCCUCUUGAUUGGCUAUAACUGUCACCAAGCCCUUCUCCCAAGAGAGAUUCUGUCUGGAAAAGAGAAUCAGCCAUACGGACAGUUAACAGACCUGGGCUGGAGCAUUGUUGGCUGCUCCAAUCAAGCAAGUGACCACGGUGAUUCAAUAGGAACCAGUCACAAAAUGAUGGUACGGCAAGUGACCCCUGAUGCACAGCCGUCUGCUAGGCUAAAGAGGGAGGUGCACUUUGUGUGCAGAACACAUGUUAAAGAGAUCAAUCCAACAGACAUUAUCAAAGCUCUCGAAUCUGAUUUCACAGAGCGUACCACAGAUGGUAAUCCAAUCUCGCAGGAAGACCUCCUCUUCUUGUCAAAAGUGAAAGAAGGUGUAAAGCAGAAGGAAAAUGGUCACUAUGAACUCCCACUUCCUUUCAAAACAGACAAGCCCAAUCUUCCAGACAACAAACAGUGUGCAGUUCACAGGCUCAUGUCAUUAGAGCGACGACUAAGGAAAAACGAGCAGUAUUGCAAGGAUUAUGUCCAGUUCAUGAACGACAUAAUCGAACGAGGAGAUGCUGAGAAAGUUCCACAGUCCGAACUCAAUGACCAACCAGCAUGGUAUAUCCCGCAUCACGGUGUCUACCACCCCCACAAACCCGGGAAGAUCCGUGUGGUUUUCGACUGUUCUGCACGGUUUCAGGAAACCUCUCUAAAUGACCAUCUCUUGACUGGACCAGACUUGACUAACACCUUAGUUGGAGUGCUUUGUCGAUUCAGAAAGGGUCCAAUAGCCAUAAUGUGUGAUGUCGAGAGAAUGUUUCACCAAUUUCACGUUGCAAAGGAACAUCAAGACUACCUCAGAUUCCUCUGGUGGGAUAAAGGCAAUCUUGACACAAAACCCUCAGUGUACAGGAUGAGAGUACACCUGUUUGGGGCAGCCUCAUCCCCUGGCUGCUCCAACUUUGGCCUCAAACAUCUGGCAUCGCAGGGUCAUGGAAAGUUCAGCGAAGAGUCCAUCAAGUUCAUACAGAGAAGCUUUUACGUUGACGAUGGCUUAACAGGUGUAGAGUCAGCGGCGGAAGCCAUACAUCUGGUGGAAGAGUCAAGAGCUUUAUGCAGAACAGGAAACCUACGGCUGCAUAAAUUUGUGUCCAAUGACAAGGAAGUAGUGGAAGCAAUACCACUUGAGGAACGUGCGCAAACCAAGGAUCAAGACAUGGCUCUUGGAGAACCAUAUAUAGAACGAGCACUCGGAGUUCAGUGGUGCGUCGAAGCGGAUUAUUUCCAGUUUAGAGUUGUGGUUAAGGAAAAUCCACUGACAAGGAGAGGUGUUCUUUCGACUGUUGCCUCCAUCUAUGAUCCAUUAGGGUUUGUGGCCCCCUUCAUCCUAGUCGGCAAACAGAUUCUUCAGGCGCUAUGCAAAGACAAAGUAGGCUGGGAUGAAGAUCUCCCUGAACACAUUCUUCCGCAAUGGGAGGAAUGGCUAAGAGAUUUGCCUCAGUUGGCAGCGCUGAAGAUUCCAAGGAGCUACCUCCCAUCAAACUUCGGGAAGGUCAUAAGAUAUGAGCUUCACAGCUUUUCAGAUGCAAGUUUUCAAGGCUAUGGUGCAUGCUCGUAUCUUCGAGCAAUAAGUGAACUGGGACACAUCAGUUGCUCUCUUGUCAUUGGGAAGGCAAGAGUAGCUCCUGUCAAACUAACGACCAUUCCAAGACUUGAGUUAUCUUCAGCUGUGACAUCCGUCCGCAACGCAGACCUCAUCAAGGGUGAACUUGAGAUUGAAGGCCUGCAAGAGUAUUACUGGACUGACUCACAGGUGGUCCUCGGCUACGUGAACAACGACGCCAAGAGGUUCCACACAUUUGUAGCCAACAGAAUCCAACGCAUACGAUCCAGCACAAGCCCUGAACAGUGGCGACAUGUCAGGUCUGAAAGCAAUCCAGCCGACCAUGCCUCCAGAGGGUUGAGUGCAGUUCAGCUGAAGGAGUCUAAUUGGCUUAAAGGACCCAACUUCCUUUGGCAGCAAAUUCCGCCAUGUGAAGAAGAGAAAGUAGAAGUAGAAACGACAGACCCAGAGCUUCGCAAAGCCUAUGCUCAUGCAGCUAAGACAGAGGAGGCGAAUGCAAUGGCAAACCGCUUCACUAAGUUUUCUGACUGGAACAGAGCUGUGAGAGCCAUCGCCAGGCUCAAGAGAUAUGUCAGAGAAUUCAAAGGACUUCAACCAAGAACUAAUGAAACAACCAAUCUCGAAGAAAGAAGAGAAGCGGAAGUUUUCAUUAUCAAGCUGACGCAAGAAGAAGCCUUUGCUGGCGACAUUCAAAGAAUCAGGUUCCAGAAAGGAGACAUUCGGAGCAAGCACAACAAGUUGCACAGGUUGAAUGCCUUCCUGGACAAAAACAAUGUUCUCAGGGUGGGAGGACGGUUGUCAAAAUCAGCCUUACACCACGACAUAAAACAUCCUGCAAUUCUUCCACGAAAAUCUCAUGUGUCAGCCCUCCUCAUCAAACAUUAUCAUGAGCGAGUAUUCCAUCAAGGAAGAGGCAUGACCAUGAACGAAUUGCGUGCAAAUGGAAUAUGGGUCUUGGGAUGUGGGAAUGUGGUCUCCUCACACAUUUAUAAGUGUGUAAAAUGUAGGAGAUACAGAAGAUCUACAGAGGUGCAACAAAUGGCAGAUCUGCCGCAAGAAAGGGCUGAAGAAUCCCCCCCCUUUACUUACUGUGGUCUUGACUGUUUCGGCCCCUUUAUCGUAAAGGAAGGAAGAAAGGAAUUAAAACGCUAUGGGUUGCUGUUUACCUGCUUAUGUUCGAGAGCAGUACACAUAGAAACACUCGAUGACUUGACAACAGACGCAUUCAUGAAUGCACUUCGAACAGUUAUGGCUAUCAGAGGACCUGUGCGCCAAAUAAGAUGUGAUCAGGGAACAAACUUCAUGGGCGCUAGGAGAGUCCUUUCUGAGUUGCUCAAAGGAAUAGAUCCUGAACGUCAGCGAGCAUUCGGCUGUGAAUUUGUGCUGAACGUCCCAUCAGCUAGCCACAUGGGUGGGGUCUGGGAGCGUCAGAUUCGGACAGUCCGAAGCAUCUUGAUGGUUAUGCUUGACCAAGCCGCAAGCAGACUCGACACCACAACUUUGAGAACGUUUCUUUACGAAACGAUGGCUAUAAUCAAUAGCAGGCCACUAAGUGUUGAGCAUCUUAAUGAUCCUACUGGUCCGGAGCCCCUCACUCCAAACCACAUACUGACCAUGAAAUCCUCAAUCAUUCUGCCACCUCCAGGACAGUUUUGCAAGGAAGACCUGUACCUGUGCAAAAGGUGGAGAAAGGUGCAGUUCUUAGCCAAUGAGUUUUGGCAAAGAUGGAAGCGAGAAUACCUGCUGAACCUCCAACAACGACGGAAAUGGCAAAAAAUAUCAAGGAACUCGCAAAUAGAUGACAUUGUGAUCCUUCAAGAAGAUGGCUCACCAAGGAAUGAAUGGAAGCUUGCUAAAGUUGUGGAAGUGUAUCCCAGUGCAGAUGGCAUGGUACGGAAACUGAAACUUCUAGUUAGCGACACUACAUUUGACAAAGGCAAACCACUCACUAGAUCAGUUCAUCUUGAGAGGCCUAUACACAAGGUAGUCACCUUACUUGAGGCCAGCUCAAUCACAUAAGGUCACUUUCAAUGAUGCUUAAGAACAUUUUUUUGUUUAUUCCACUUAUAUUUUGUUGUACCGGAAAAUCCCACAUUUAGGUGGAUGAGUGAUUUGGUGGGAGUGUAAGUGCCGGUAUUUAAGUUCAUGAAUGAAAAGGUUAAAAUGUAACUGAUACAGGCAGUAUUUGUAUUAUUCGCUUCUUGAGGCGGAACUAAUGUGCUUUGUUCGUAGCCCCGGGGGCCAAGAUCACUGUGACACUGCAAACGGCAGGUGCACGGUGCGCGUUUUGUCACCAAAGCUAUAAAACUUGUAAUGCACAUCAAAACCUCUUUUUACGGCAAGCGGCCAACGAGUUCUCACGGCGUAACGUGUAAAGCGUGAUGGUGUUGAUAAGAUGGAGAGGGAGAGAGGAGACAUGCCACCGCAAUAAACGCCCGUUCAAAGGAA